AUGAUGGCACCAAUUUCUUCAAUAGCUCCUCAACCGUCACCAUGGCACUCACCGGUGCCGUACCUCUUCGGCGGACUUGCUGCCAUGGUGGCUCUCAUCGCCUUUGCUCUCUUCAUUCUUGCCUGCUCUUACUGGAAGCUCUCCGGCUACUUUGACAACCACGACGGAGAUAUUGAGUCUGCUGGUAGCUCACUGCCGGAAAACCACAACGACAAUCGGAAGUCGUCAGAUAUGGAAGAGAAAUAUUUAGUAAUCAUGGCUGGAGAAGCGAAACCGACGUUUUUAGCCACACCUAGUUCCACCAGAACGAUGUCGUUUGGUAGUAGCAGUUGGCGAUCGUCAUCGUUGGAGGAGGAGGAGGAGGAGGUGAGAGUGGGGAGUAGCGAUCUGGUACAAGGAAGGACCACGGAGAAGCAUGAGUCCGCAUUUCACCUCCCUUAUCAUUCUUGAAUAUAAUAAACACUAAUUUUGUGUUGACUGAUAGAGAGAGAGAGAGAGAGAGAGAGAGAGAGAGGCUUUUAGAGCAAAUUCGUAGACGGUUUUUCUUUUGUUCUUCAUAGAACUGCACAUAAAUUUAUCAUCAUUUAUCGUCAUC